CAAACUGCGUUUGAUAAUGGAGUUGGAUCCUGUGUAUACUUUUGUUCCUCUCGCUUCAAAGAUUUAUUGUGGAAAUGACGACAAGGCUACUCGAGAAUACCUUAAUAAGUGGGGCCUGAAUGGAAAUAUCAACGUACAACAUUUUUCGUUUAACGAACCCUUUCAGUCGUUUCACAAGCAUCACUUAGCCGAAGCUUUUUUUAAAAGUGACGUCGUCGCUAAGGAAUUAAAGACAAGACGGGGCAAUUCAUGGGUUGUUCAAGGGAUAACUGCAUCAUCCGUUGAAUUGAAGAGUGUACCAUGUUCCGUUCUCGGUACAUCUUUUUUUGACAAAUUAAAAGAUCCAGAGAAUAACGUCGUUUACGAAUCUGGUAACAUACGCAAGAGAUAUGAUUUAGAAAUUGAUGGCUUUCUCAUAUCGGACAACCUUAGAGGAAUGCUCCUGGACGAAGAGUGCGACGAAUACAACUUGUACACCGAGAAUGAGCGAGAGGAGUUUAUUUUUCGUAUUUUCCAAAUGCUAAUUUUAGGAGGAACAUUGUGUCAAUACGAAGAUACGGUGAAACCUUACCUUGAUAUUACGAAAAAUAUUUACAAGGAUCUUAUUAGAGUUCAGAAACAAGAAGUUUCGGGUGACUUGUCAAUCGCUACAACGGUUUUGGAGGUGAUAGUAAAAAAUCAGAACGGACAUGCUUACUUUCCCACGGAACCAUAUGAGAAACAAAACAUUGGAUUUUUAUUAAUUGAUGGAAACAGUCGAGAAAUAACGACAUUCGUGCACCAAUUUGGUGGAUUCUCUUGGUGAUUUUCUUCUCAAACGAGGUUCCUUCCACGUUUAUACAUUUCACAAGAUGAAUGAAUUACACUUACGUAUAUAAAAUUUAUUGAACAAGGUAACAAGGCCGUAACUGUAUAUACAGACUUCGAAAUAUACACUGUAUACGAUA